AUGGAGUCCCACAGCGUAAUGGCCCAAGAAGACCUCAUGGCGUCUUCCAUCAAAAGCAUCAAUGCCCAAGGAGCUCGCGACGAUAAAUUGACUUUAUCGAAUGGCCUGGCAGAAACCAUUAGGGCCAACACACGUCGCUCCAACCGGCAGAACAACCACCGUGAUCCGGAUCGGGCUCCAAGACUACCAUCGGAAGAGACGACGAAGGUUGUGCAAUCGUCGGCUCGCUUGAUCAGAGACUCACUAGUUCCAUCAAAAAAACUCGAUGGCGGUGAGACCGAAUUUCUACCACUUGAUAGGCUAGAGGAAAUUGUCACAGAGGAGCAAGUCUCUUGCGCUCUUGCUGAUAUGCUCCCCGCCAGCGGAAAGCCACCCACGUUUGCAAGCAUCGCACGGAGCGUUGUGUGCCCAGUCGACGACACAGAUGCGGAACGACCCCGGCAUCUAAGAACAAGGAGACAACUAUUUGCUAUCCUCUUAUUGGUAGACAAGGUCGACACCAUCAGCGAUUUCAUUAAUGAAGGUAUAUAUGAUAGCGAUCUCCCUUUUAUUCUCGGCAAGGAUGAAAGGGAAGGAGACAGCAUCCGGACACUCAGCCGCAUGGUCGAAGGAAAGAAACAGACAAUCGAACUGUUUCUGAGAUGGCGUGAUGUUGACAUGGAAUCAUUUCACCAUCAGCAAUGGAAGGUCAAUAUCCCCGUUUUCCACGUCGACGAGAAAAGGAAUUCUAAGGAACCCCUCCACACUCUCAGUGACAGAGCUAUUUUGCCUUUCUUGGACGUGGUGAAGGCGGGCAGGGGAUAUUCUGGUGCUGUUCACAAAGUCGAAAUACAUCCCAGCCACCACAACCAGCCAUGCGAACCAGGGAAAAAGCUGUAUUACGCAGUCAAGAAGAUAAGCUCGUUGAGCCAGGAGGUUAAUAUCACUGAUAUCAACAAGGAAGUGUCGAACCUCGGUCGGUUUGCCGACAGCGACCACCCUCACCUGAUUAAGCUUCUCUGGACCUACAAGCAAGGCGACGAUUUCCACCUUGUGUUUCCGUGUGCUGACGGAAACCUGUUGAACUUUUGGGAGAAGCAUGACUCCCCGGUCAAAGGCAAAACUGACGUUGGCCGUCGUGCUGGGGCGCUUUGGGUUGCUCGGCAGUGUUUAGGCAUUGUUGAAGGCCUUAGCAUGAUUCAUACCGAUGACCGCAAUGGACCAGGCGAAACGGGCCGUAAGAAAUAUGGCCGACAUGGAGACUUGAAACCGGAGAACAUCCUCUGGUUUCAGGACCCCGACUCGCAGGCGCAAGAAGGCGGCUACAAUCCUGGCGCGCUCCAGAUUUCAGACUUUGGGUUCAUGAGAUUUAACAGCAGCUACUCGAGACUUUGGAUUAACGCCGAGACUGUGGGAAUGACGCCGACUUAUCGUCCCCCAGAAUACGACGUUUUCAGAAAAGUCUCUGCGAAGUCUGACAUUUGGUCGCUCGGCUGCGUUUUUCUUGAGUUCGUAACUUGGUACCUCGAUGGUUGGGAGGGAGUUAGCCGGUUCAGACUCGCAAGGGCAGAUGAGGAAAAUCACAAUAUAAUACCAGGAGACACGUUUUUCAGCGAUCUAAGAAGACCAGACACCGGUAUUUGUGCGAGAGCUAAGAGGUCCGUCGCCAAGGAGUUCGAAGCCCUGUGCGAACACCCGGAUGGAUCUGACUUUACAGACGAACUUCUGAUGUACAUAAAGGAGCGCCUUCUUCGGCUGGAACCAGAUAAACGGGCGGAAUGCGACGAGAUCUACGCUCAAUUUGAGAUGUUUUACGAAGCUUGUGAAAGCAGGUCCGACUACUGUCUCAGUCGCUCAAAGGAGCCCCCUUCCCGAAAGGCUACAGAUCUAUCACUUUUAGUGUCACGAGAGAUAAAAUUAUCACCUCAAUUAAUGUCAUCUCUCCGCCGGGGGCAUCUAUGGCUGCAACGACAGCCCGAUCUCAAGGAGGAAGAUCUUGACAAAGAUCUUGGUCUACGAGAGCCCGGCGCGAGCAACCGCAUUCUUUCGCGGUCGCAGUCCGACAACCCAAUGGAUAUCUUGGAACAAGCCGCCAAGAGGGAAAAUUCUCCAGAUACGCACGAGUCAGUAGAACGAUCUGGCGGUGUUGAGUCGGAGAGUACACCUUUGACAUCGUCGCUGCAAGCCGCGCAACCCAAUCUCGACAAUGCGCUUGCUCCACCUGCCGCCGCGAAUCAGUCCCUGAGAAUUGCCCCCGUUAUCUCGGCGAACAACCCAAGGAUGCAAGCCAACACCGAUCAUUUCAAUCCCCAGAUGCAGGAGACCUUGAAUGAAUCGAGACAAAAGCAGGGCAAGCAUAUCCUCUCAGUGCAUAUUGGCAUCAACGUCAGCGAUCUAAAGGACAACAAACACCCCAACGACAAGGGUUACAACAAAAUGGUGGAUGCCUGGCUCCAGUCUAUUCUCGAGGCCAACCUUCGAGGCUGGUUGAAGGAGCCUGUGAAACGUACCAGGCGAGAGGCACCAGGUGAAAUGGCCUGCCUCGCAGACGUUGACAGCGACGGUAGGGCUGAUAUCACUGUUCUGUAUGAGGAUGGCGCCGCGGCGCGCGUGUGGAAGAAUGUGGACAAUGGCCGCAAGUUCGAAUCGCUCGAUGCGAAGUGGGCAGCGGGUCUGGCGCCGCGCGUUAAGGUAACUAUCGAAGACGUGGAUGGCGACGGGUACGCAGACUACGUCGUCGUCGUUUGGGACGGUGACACCGUAGGUAUGUGGCGCAACGCUAUCGGCGAGGGCCGCGAUGACAACUGGGAGGAUCUUGGCACCAUCACACCUAGUGUACAGGGCAUGUUUCUUGCCGUUAAUGAUGACGGAAGCAUCCGUAUGUUUAAGAACCUGGGUAUCAUCUGCGGCAGUGACAGCGAAGGUACGACUAUGUGCUUCGCCGAUCUCACCGGCGACGGUAAGGACGACGUCAUCUCUGUCGUUGCCCACGAUCGCAUGUGCCUGGAUCAACCAAGGCCAGGCUUCUGGGACUCCAUCGGCGAGAUCACCACCGGCCUCCCGGAUCAGGAUCUCUCGACCUCGCGUAUGGAGUUCGCCAACGUCAACGGCGAUGAUAAAGCGAACUACCUCAUCACCUGCGGAAGGGGUGCCGCCAAUGCUUAUAUUAACGUGAACAGGUGGGGGUUUAUCGAAUCCCCACCUGAAACCGGUAGUGGCGACGACAGCGAAGGAGGGAACGGUCCUCGCCAGGACGCCUCAGCGCCUGCUGGAUACUUCAUUCUGAGCUCCUUCAUUCGGCUGGAAAGUUUGCUGCUCAACUUUCACAGUGCUCUCAAUGAUGGGCAGGGCAAUAUCGGCAGUCGCAUGGGCAAGUCCGCCGAGCUUUUCGUAUCGAAAAAGGAGCCCAAGCUCGAUAUCCUCAUCGUUCUCGACAUUACUAGCAUUGGAUACGCCAGUCUUGCCGCUUCGAUAUGGAACAAAGUGAUCAAGAACCGGGACUUUUCAAAGAAGCGCCCGGCCCAUUACGACACAGCCAAGGAUUUUACCAACACUUGGCAUAUCAAGGCAUCACUUUGGCCAAGGAUCUGA